AGUUCUCCCUCCCCUACCACCCUCACCUGCUCCUCCCUGUCUUCCCUGUGUCGAGGGCGACAGCGCGCCGCUCCUCACUCCUCCUCGUUCCCUUCCACAGGGGCUCCCCUGCGGACUCUCCACCUAGACAUGUGGGGCCCCGCCCUCGUCCGGAGAUAGGGCCACGAGCGGUAAUUUCUGCUGGUUGUCGACGACUACACGCGCUACACCACGGUCUUCCUCUUACGUACCAAGGAGGUGGCAAGUUUUCCUCUGACCUCUUGGCAGCCUUCUGUGCGGACCACGACAUCCGCCAGACGUUCACUCUCCCGGCCUCUCCGCAACAGAAUGGGGUUGCUGAGCGCCGCAUUGGUCUUGUCAUGGAGGUCGCUCGUACCUCCAUGAUCCAUGCGGCUGCCCCCCAUUUCAUUUGGCCGUUUCUAGUGCAGUACGCCGCGCGUCAGCUCAACCUCUGGCCCCGAAUCUCUGUUCCGGAGACCUCGCCGACCUUGCGUUCGACGGGGGAGGUUGGUGAUGCGUUGGUGUUCCGCGUCUGGGGAUGUCGAGCCUUUGUCCGCGAUACGUCCGCGGACAAGCUCUCCUCCCGUGCCGUUCCCUGUGUCUUCCUUGGCUUUGUCCCUGACGCGCAUGGCUGGCAGUGUCCCGUCGGUAGACCCCCCUCCCUCCCCAGGGUGCUGCUCCCCUCAGGUGUUUCCCAGGUAGACUCGGUCGAGCCUAUCGAGGUAGCUGUUGACUCUGGUCCUGCGCGAGGUACUGAGUGUACUGAGCCUGGUGGUGCUGGGUCUGGGGGCACUGAGACUGGGGUUGCUGAGCCUAGGGGUGCGGAGACUGGGGGUGCUGAGCCUGGGGGUGCGGAGACUAAGGGUGCUAGACCUGGGCCUGGUGGUGCUCCCUCUUCACAGCAGCUGCGUGAGUGGUACUCUCAGCGCUACAGCCUCCGUCGUGGGGCUGCUGGAGCUGGGGGGUCGGCUGGAGUUUGGGCUAGUGGCCUCGCAGGUGUAGUGCCGCAGCCAAAGCCUCCCUCCCCUCGACGGCUACGUGAGUGGUACGCUCGGCGCUGCAGCCUCAGGAGUGGAGCUCCUAGCGUUGAGGAACCGUCGGCUGGAGGCCCUACUCCUGGAGGUGCUGCUGGUCCUACUAGAGGUCAUGGAGGUGCUGCUGGUGCUGCUGGAGGUUCUGGAGCUGCUGGAGGUGCUGCCGGUGCUGGUGGAGGCUCUCGAGCUGUUGGAGGUGCCGCUGGUGCUGGUUCGGCUAGGGGUUUUGGUGCUGUCUCUGCUGGUUCUGGGGGCGCUUCACAGCCGCGGCCGUACUUUCCUCCUCUCCUUCAGCAGGUUCUUGGCGGUCUUACGGAGCGUCGUGAGCCUGAGUCUCGUCCUGUGUCGCCUGUGUCGCGUCCUGUGUCACCUAUUCGUGCUGCGCGUACUGGUCGCCGAGAGUCCUCUCUUCCUGUCCUUGCUGACCCGGAGUCUCACUCUCUUCGUGCUGCCAGUCCUACUGUCACGCGUCUCCUGGCCACUAUUGUCACUGACCCUUCUUUUGAGUCUCCUGCUGCGUCUUCCCUAGUUGCUGAGCUUGUCGACUUUGCUGCUCACUGUCGUCUAGACUACGCUGCCAGUCUUGUUGCCGAGUCGGAGUCUGUCUGUCCUCCGUCCGUCGGGGGUGAGUGUGCUCUAUGCACGGACGUCCUUGAGGACAGACAGGAGGAACUUGAGUGUCAUGCAGUCGCUGCACCUCAUCUCGUGUCCAUGCUGAUUGCCCCUAAGGGAGACCCGGAUGCUCCAGAUAUCCCGAACCCGCGCUCGUACGCUGAGGCGAUCGCGGGAGUGAACAUCGUCAGUGGCAUGUGGAUUUUCAGGGUGAAGCAACCACCGGGUUCUCCGCCUGUCUUCAAGGCUCGUUACGUUGAUCGAGGCUUCAGUCAACAAGAGGGAGUAGAUUUCUUUCAGACCUUCUCCCCCACCCCGAAGAUGAGCACUCUUCGGGUGCUACUGCAUGUUGCUGCUCAGCGUGACUACGAGCUUCACUCUCUUGACUUCAGCCUAGCUUUCUUGCAGGGCAGCCUGCACGAGGAGAUCUAG